UUCCUGUUAGAGAGAGAGAGAGAGAGAGAGACGAUGGCUGGAGAGAAAGCAACAGCAGCCCGGGCCCUUUGCAUGAGAGGAUAUCUGCUCACAGUUUGCCUCAGUGUUUGGAUGGAUUCAGCCCAUGGAAUUGGGGUUCAGCUGAUCCCUCAGUAUCCGGUGGUUAAUCAGUCUGUUACCCUGAGUGUCACUGGAGUCACUGGCACAAUACGAGUAUUCGCAUGGUAUAAAGGUUCAAGUGUAGAUACUAAUAACCAAAUAUUCAAUGUUAUUCCAUCUCUAAAUUCAGUGACACAUGGGCGUCAGUAUUUCUCUAGGGCCAGUCAGUUCCCAAAUGGCUCAUUGCAGAUCUCAGGCCUCGUUCCUACAGACCAGGGGAAUUACACAGUGUUUAUACAGACUGCUGAGCAUACAGAACAACAUACAGUUCUCCUGACAGUUUAUGAACCUGUCACUAAACCUGUGAUCAGUUCAUCCAGCUCCCAGUUACUUAUAAACAAGACUCUGACCCUCACAUGUAUAACUGCUCAUGCAGAGAGAAUCCUAUGGAGAAAGGAUGGUAAUGGCCUCCCUACUGGAGUAGAUUUGUCUCCAGACAACAGGACUGUGACCUUCCACAGGAUUAAUCGCUGGGAUGCUGGGCAAUAUCAAUGUGAAGCUGAAAAUCCUAUCAGUGGAAAUAUGAGUGACAUCUUCACACUGACUGUCAGUUAUGGACCUGAGAAUGUUAAAAGUUUACUUCAUGUCAACACUGGAUCAGACCGCCCAUCAUUACAAUGUGUUGCUGACUCUGUGCCUGCACCCACCUACCUCUGGAGAAUCAACGGGACUGUUAUUCCACAUGACACUAUUAGUGUCCUACAGGACAAAUCACAGGAGCAGUUGGUGUAUAUAUGUGAGGUGUAUAACUCAGUGACGAGGCGCUCGGCUACCAUUUCUGUACAUGUGGCUAUAAUUGAAUCUUACUGUGUUGCCUCAACGGUAGGAAUCAUCAGCGGGUCAUUUGCAGGAACUGUACUCAUCAUAUAUACAACGGUUCUGCUGUACAAGAAAUAUAGUCUUCCUCUGAGAAAAUACCAGAAAGCGUCAUUGAGCAAAAGAAGAGAGAGCAUCUAUGCGUCAGGGAGCAAAAGAAGAGAGAGCAUCUAUGGUGAGUUAUAACUUUAUAAUACACUUGUAAGUGGGGAAGACUAAUAUCUUUUUGUCCUUGAUUCCGAGAAACAAAGUAUAAGAAGAUGAUAACCAGGGGAAAUGAUGGAGUAUAUAGAAUGGAUAGGUUAAGGGGGUUGGGAGAAAGAGCAGGUGGGGAUAAAGUACAUCUGUAGCUGUGGAAGGGUGAGGAAUUGGUGAUUCUACCAAUAAUAUAUUUAUACAUAUCAGGAUCCAUUAACAGAAGCCAUCUCAGCCAGGUUAACUAGUACAGGUAUGGG